AUGGUCCAGCCUGCGUCACACUCGGCUGUCACUGCACCAAUGGUAGCUCCCCACCAGGCAUCUGGAUUAAUUGCUCAAAUCGCAGCUACUGCUGGUAGUGUAGCGAUCGGCUCCGUCGGUAAUCCCGUUGGACAUACCCUCAUCGGAAUGUUCAGCGGUUCCGAUUCACACGAGGACAGGCUGCCCCGGUAUCGGGCAAGACAGACAACACAGUCAACAGGUCCAGGUGACAAUUUCACACAUGCCACCGUACUACAAACAACCAUCGAUAAAAGCUAUGAGUGCGGAAUGUGUGACCAAUCAUUCCCCAAAAAGAGACAGCUGGCAGUUCACAAGCGCGUACAUGCCGGCACGCGACCGUACUCCUGUGAUAUUUGCGGUAAAGCAUACACCAAGGGUAUAAAUCUAAGCCGGCACAAACGGAUACACACCGGCGAACGACGGCACCGCUGUCGGAUAUGUGGCAGAGAAUUUUUCACUUCUGAGCAAUUGGAUCAGCACCGGCUUACCCAUAAAGAUCAGGCUUACAUUUGCGAUAUCUGCAGUAGGAAGUUUACUGAAAACAGUAGUCUCACGCGACACAGACUUAUCCAUGCAGCAAAGAUUGAGAAAGAAUUCAGAUGUGAAGUCUGUGGUGGCGGGUUUAAAAAAUAUUCUCACAUGACUCGGCACAUGCAAAUCCAUACAAACGAACGCCCGUACAAAUGUGACCUCUGCGGGCAGGAAAUGUCAAGGAAUGGUAGCAGGCGAAAAGGAAAAAUUAAGGAUUCUACCGUGACCGAAAGCAUCCACGCGGUCACUGGAGGCGGUAUUGGGAAAAUAGAAGAGGAAAAGCAAGUUCUAACAUAA